CACAAGUUUAAACAGUUGUCUCACUGCACAGUCACACUCAUUUCCUCAUUACACUACAUGAUGGCAGUUAUGAAUUCAAAUGUCUUGUCCAGUCUUGUGUGUAUUUUGUGUGUGGUCGUGGUCCCGGCUGUAUGGGCCGAGUACUGCACCAGCUACACGGACUGGAAUGGUGUUUCCCAUAGAACACAGCAAUGUAGUAUGAGUUACUACUGCUGUGGCGACUGCACCUACAAAUACUGCUGCAGGGACCAGACACAACGCAUAACUCAAUCCCAACAGGAACGCUGCUCAUCAAGGCCUGGUGUCAAUACUAAUAAGACCAACCGCCCUGGUGUACUUUUGGGAAGCAUCUUGGGGUCUGUUUUUCCCAUCAUCCUCUGUGUGGGCCUCAUCAUCUGCUGUGUGGCCCCUUGCUGCCUGUGCUACAAGAAAUGUCGCAAAGGAGGCAACCGAACGCAUACAGUGGUCCAGCCACCCGUGCAGCCACACUCGCCAGGUGGAUACCAGCCAGACUACCCAGGCUAUCACCCAGUGCCAGGGUUUGGAGACCCCAUGCCCCCUGCACCACCACCAUAUAGCAAUCCAGGUUAUCCUCAUCCUGCUCCGUACAAUCCAGGGAUGCCGAUGUACCCGCUCAACCCUCACCAGGUUUAUGCAGAACCACCACAAUCAGACGAGCAUGUGCAGCCACCCUACAACCCCUCUUAUGAUCCAAACUCCCAAACCUCGUAGUUUACCAGAACAAACUGCAUGUUUUAAACCACAGAUCAAAAUUCUCGUGGAAAUGUGAAAUGCAUGUGGAUUAUGUUUUGUUGAUAUAGUGGGAAGUGCUUUUCAGGAUGUCAGAUUAGAGUUGUAUCAAUCUUGGGAAAUCUUCCUGCUGCUGCUUUUAAGGGUGAAUGAUUUUGAAUAAUAGCUUCAUUAAUGAUCACUUGUUCUGCAGUAUUCCAUUAAAAAUAGAACACUUUUAAAGAGAAACCCCACUGUUAGAAUAGAAUAGAAUAGAAUAGAAUAGAAUAGAAUAGAAUAGAAUAGAAUAGAAUAGAAUAGAAUAGAAUAGAAUAGAAAUACUUUAUUAGUUGCUUGUUACAGCCCACCACCAUAAAUACGGGUAAAUACACAAAAUUGUGCAGUAAAUAAGACAAACAAUAAGAAACAUAUGAAAUGCAAAAUGUCCUGUAAAGAAUGUACGCAUGAUACAGUGUUUUAUGUGUUUAAAUUUGUAUUGAAAAGUAAAGGAAGCUUAGAGGACAGAUACAACUCCAAAAUACUUUUUAGUCAGGAAAGAGAAACAUAAAAACAACAACUACAUUAAAACGUUGAUUAUUCAGAGAAUUAAUUUUUAAUGUUUUUUUUAUUUCGUACAAGGUUACUUGCAAUGAACAUCACUUUAAGUGUUGCACUCAGUCCUGAUUUAAUUUCUUACUUUUAAAUUAUGCGGUGCCAUUCAAAUAAUGAUGAAACUGUCCAAUUUAACCAAAGGUGGAGCACUUAAAUCCUCAAAUGAAUAGAAAAGUGUUGUUUGCUGUACAACAUCGUAUUGAUUACGGUGUUUGAUAGACUAUAUCCUUAUAAGCUGACUUUGCAUGUCUUUACAUUACUGAAUGCUACAGUGUGAUGCUUCUUUUCUUUUACCACCUAUGAACAGGUUCCUUCAGCUGACCUGGUUCAAUUUUUUAUCUUUAUUUUAAUAAACUCAGCCUGCCAACAGA